AUGAGCGAAAUAAUUGCGACAGACGAGAAUAAAGAGCUCUCCGCGGGAGAUAAGAAGCAAUCGGCCACAUCCCAUGCUCCGGCAUCGCAACCGACUCCAGAAGUAGGACAAGGCUCUCACUCCGAGAGCGAAAGCGACGAUGCUCCCUUCGAUGAUGCACAAUCCUCCCUGCCUCGAGACUCCGCCGCCCCUUCUCCGCCGCCCUCUGGCUCGACGCCACCAUCACCCCCCGCGGCUCAUGCGACAUCCAGCGCUGACGACGGCCCCUCGACCCCGUCAAAAACUGCCCAUUCGGACGAGUGCGCGACUACAUCAAACAUCACAAAGGCCAAGAAAGAGUCGGUGGGAAAGUCUCCCAAAGAUGAGAACACUGCCAAAACACCGCGCGUCGAGGCAGCACCGCGCCCUGCCAGUCCGCCCAAAGCGAGCACAGAAGAACACAACUUGGGACACAACCGGGACACGAGCGUCGCCGCGAGCACCAACAAUGGCCUUGGCGUCUCUGAGUUUUCUCACCAACAAGUAUCGAUGCAGCCCGAGCACAAGGGCGGAAACGAGGACGGCGGCUGGCAGACGAUGCCGGCCUUUGCGAGAUUCGACAUGUACGACGACGACGACCGUCUCAUUGCCCGGGAACAUGACGAAGCUGAAGAUGUUGAAGAAAAGUACGCCUAUGGCGGGCUAGGAGGUGCAGGCAAGGGCUAUACUCGAGUGAUAAUGGACGAGGACGCCGAGUCGGCGACAAGCAUGGACGAGAACACUAAAUAUCUAUUCAAAGAAGCCAACGGCACGAGCAUGAUGGGCGAGGACGAGGGCCGAGACGCGGUAUCUCAGAUGCAAGCCACCAAGGACCUCCUGACCGAGGGUCAGAGGAUAGCAUACGUGGGCGUUGUCCGCCUGGAGAUUGCAAACCUCGUCAAGGAGGCAGACGACGUCGAGGUGACCAGGAAGACCAAGAAGGAGGUUCAGACGGCUGCCGAGGCCGUCAAGAUGUGGGGCCAGAAGAUGAUGAUCCGCGUGUACUCCCAUAUGGAAAUCAGCGCGGCCGAGCAAGUCAUGAUCGAACAGCUCGCGGAACACGGAGUGGUGCCGGGGGACUUGACGCCUGCGCUUCACGCCAACUCGAGAGUGCAGAACCCCAUGGCGUUGGACAGCAAAGACGUCGGCAGCCCGUCGCAAGAAGCUUCGUUGCCGGCGACGAGCGUAAAGGAGGAGAUCGCCGCGGAGCCGCCACCGCCGUACGAAGCCACCGACAGCUCCGAAGUCCCCGAGGUCCAAACCCCCUCACAGCUGCCCACGACGCAGAAGAUCGACAUCGACCUUCGCUGGACCGUCCUCUGCGACCUCUUCUUACUGCUAAUUGCCGACUCGGUGUAUGAUGCGCGCUCAAGGGUGCUCCUGGAGCGCGUCGGUGCCAGCCUGGACAUCACGUGGAUCGACAUCUGCAAGUUUGAGAAGAGAAUCACCGACGCACUGGAGAUGCAGCAGGCGGCGGAGAAGGAGAACUGGAACGAGGAUGAGCACAUGGAUAGUCGAAGGAAGAUGGCGCUGAAGAGGAGAUAUGUCAUGAUGGGCCUGGCCACUGUGGGCGGCGGACUCGUCAUCGGGCUCUCGGCGGGCCUCCUGGCCCCUGUCAUCGGCGCCGGGCUGGCGGCAGGUUUCACCACCAUCGGCGUGACGGGCACGAGCAGUUUCCUGGCCGGCGCCGGCGGGGCUGCCAUCAUCACUUCUGGAGCCGCGGCCUCGGGCAGCAUCAUCGGCGGCAGGGCGGCCAACCGCCGGACCGGAGCUGUCAAGACCUUUGAGUACCGGCCGCUGCACAACAAGAAGCGGGUCAACCUGGUCGUCACGGUCUCUGGAUGGCUGACGGGCAAGGUGGACGAUGUUCGGCUGCCGUUCAGCACGGUGGAUCCCAUCAUGGGGGACAUUUACUCGGUCCUGUGGGAGCCGGAGAUGCUGCGCAGCAUGGGUGACACCAUCAACAUCCUGGCCACCGAGGCGCUCACACAAGGUUUGCAGCAAAUCCUGGGCAGCACCAUCCUGGUCAGCCUCAUGGCAGCCCUCCAACUGCCCAUUGUCCUGACCAAACUCUCUUACCUCAUCGACAACCCUUGGGCCGUCUCUCUCGACCGCGCGACGGCCGCCGGGCUCAUCCUGGCCGACUCGCUACUGGAACGCAGCCUAGGCACGCGCCCCAUCACGCUGGUUGGAUACUCGCUCGGGGCGCGAGUUAUUUUUUCGUGCCUGCAGGAGUUGGCCAAGAAGGGCGCAUACGGGCUGAUCCAGAACGUCUACCUGUUUGGCUCGCCAGUUGUGGUGAAGAAGGAGGAAUACCUCCGAGCCCGGACCGUCGUCUGUGGCCGGUUCGUGAACGGGUUCAACCGGAACGAUUGGAUCCUCGGCUACCUAUUCCGGCUGACGAAUGGCGGCAUUCGCCGAGUGGCUGGACUGGCAGCCAUUGAGGAUUGCCCAUGGAUAGAGAACAUGGACGUGUCGGAGCUGGUUCCCGGCCAUAUGGAGUACCGAAAGGCCAUGCCGACACUUCUCAUGAAAUGCGGCUGGACGGUAGAGAGCGAGGAGUUUAGCGAAAUCGAGGAUCCAGACCCAGAAAACCACCAGGAGCGGCAGAGGGAGCUCAUCAACGAGAUUGAAGAGGCGCGCAAGGAGCUGGAGAAGGAGGGCAAGGCCAAGAAGGGCGGCAGGUUUAGCCUCUUUGGCCGUCGCAAGAAGACCGAGAGGCAGGAAUGGGAGGUGUACGAGGAUUCGGCGGGCAAGGAAGGGGGCAAGGCCGAAGACAAGAGCGGCAACGGCCCCGGGGUCCUCUUCGACGUUGAUGCGAUUCGAGCAGAGCUGGCCAAGGAGGCGCGGGAUGGGGCGACAGAGGAGGCGCUGCAGGUGAGGGAGAUUAAGUCAACGCUGCCGCCCAUGAAGCUGGACAUAUCACCCACCUCGCCAUCGCGGGCAGUAGACGGACGGAGCUCGCUGCGGGAGACGAAAAGCGCCGAGGCGAUCCCGUUGCGCCGGGUCAGCGAUCCAAGAACAGCACUCUACCAGGCGCCGGCCUACGCCGGGAUGGCGGCGGAGGUGGAGGAGGAAGGAGAGGGAGAGAUGGAGAUGACCUUUGACACAUCAUUCACCGACCCCUGCCCCCCAAGCGAGUGGACGGGGAGCGACGGGCCCACUCGGCCGGCCAUGAAGACGUCGCAGACGGUGCCGAACGUGGCAUUGACAGACCACUGGGGGGACCCAGAUGAAGAGGACUUUGGACAGGAAAAGGAGAUAUCCAUGACUUUUGCAUGA